CACCCACCCAUUUUCCUUCCUUCCUUUUGCUUUUCCCCCUUGUGGCACCCGCUCAUGUGUUAUUGAAAUUCAUUCACAUCCGUAUCCCCUAGAAGAAUCAAGAAAUAGUUGUGCUUCUUGAUGAAACAAUUAAACACAGCGACGAGGUAGUCUUGGUAGAUCGCAAGUUUUAAGUCAUAAAACCAUUAAUGAGAUGACCUACUCUGAACCAAAAGAAGCCAAGCAGACCUUCUUGCGGUAAUGUUGGAAAUGUUUGUGGAGGCGGAAAUCAGAUAGCUUCUGCUCUAUGGGUGGUUCCUGUUUGUGGAAAAGGCAGAGGCGCAGAAAGAGAGAGAGAUAGAGAGAGACAACGAGAGACAGAGAGAUGGGGAGACUACACCUCUCAUACCUUGAUGGGAGAAUGUAUACGUGCAAGUACUGCUACACCCAUCUCGCCCUCGUCGAUGAUAUUAUCUCCAAGACAUUCCACUGCAACAACGGGAAGGCGUACCUUUUCAACAAAGCUGUAAAUGUCUCUCUGGGGGAGAAGGCUGAGCGAAUGAUGACAACUGGAUUGCAUACUGUUGCUGAUCUAUUUUGCAUUGCUUGUGGAUCCAUUGUUGGAUGGAAAUAUGAGGUUGCUCCUGAUAGGAUUCAGAAGUACAAGGAGGGCAAGUACAUAUUGGUGAUGAGGAAGGUGGUUGAUUUCGACAGAACCAACUUUGGGGGAGGCAACGAAUCACAAGCAGGAGCGAGCGAUGCAGAUGAUGCUGGAUAUUAAGCACCUAGAAUUCAACGUCCUCAACUGUUUGGAUACAUCUUAAGAUUGCAAACAUGCAAAUUUCAACUCCUAUGGUCUAACCUCUGAAAACUUGGAGCCACCGGCUUUGGCUUUGUACAAAUCUUGCUGAUACCGCGGAAGUAGCUGGUCUGCAAGCACCACAAAACUGCCAUAACUUUAAGCCUGGUUCCCAGCUAUACUAGGAGAAAUGUGCAUUUACAAAACAAUGUCUAACCCUAUUUACACCAAAAUGUUUACAUCUCUUGAUA